AUCUUACCGCAUUACGGAAUUUGGGGGCCGACGAUCGUCAAAUUUGAAGCCGUUUCCGGACAAAACACAUACUCGACCGCUCUUUAAUUCGCAGGGGGGCCCGAAACCCUUUCCAAGGGGGGAACUGGACUGGAGCGCCCUGAUCUCCAUUUCGCCAUCGUCAUGGCUCAGCUCCGCCUCUCAGCCACCCCUCCUCAUUCUCUCUUCCCGACUGCCACCAAGACCGGCUACGCCGCUUUCAGAUCCAUCAGAUUCCUCGACCACCCUCCCUUGUCGUUUCCGACCAUUGCUACCCCCGAUUCCAGGCGGACUCCCGUUGGAUUUUUCCGCAAACCGUCGCCUCCGGUGGGAUUCCGGAACCUAAGUGUGGCCCGUGCCGCUGACGACGAUGGUGCCGGGACCACUAUGGGAGGUGGCGGAGGGGGGGAAGGGGGAAGAAGGAGAGGCGGAGGAGGUGGAGGUGGCGGAGGUUCCCGGGAGGAGGGGAAAUCAGACCCUGACGGGGGGCUUCUAGGGGUUUUCCUCGAAGGAUGGCGAUCAAGGGUUAGGGCAGACCCGCAGUUCCCCUUCAAGGUUCUUAUGGAGGAGCUUGUCGGUGUAUCUGCCUGCGUGAUUGGGGACAUGGCCUCUCGACCCGACUUCGGCCUGAACGAGCUCGAUUUCGUCUUCAGCACCCUCGUUGUCGGAUCGAUCCUCAACUUCGUCCUCAUGUACCUCCUCGCCCCGACGGCCGCCGCCUCUCCAUCUUCUGGCCUCUUCGCCUCGGUUUUCUCCGGCUGCCCCAAGAGUCACAUGUUCGAGCCCGGCCCUUACAACCUGAUCCAGCGUUCGGGAACGGUCAUCUACAAGGGGGUGGUGUUCGCGGCCGUUGGAUUCGUAGCCGGGCUUGUCGGAACGGCGAUCUCGAAUACGUUGAUCGCCCUGCGGAAGCAAAUGGAUCCCGCGUUCGACCCGCAGAACAAGGCGCCGCCUACCUUGCUAAACGCUCUCACCUGGGCAACCCAUAUGGGCGUAAGCAGCAACCUGAGGUACCAGACGCUCAAUGGCAUCGAAUUCCUGCUAGCCAGGUGGUUGCCGUCAUUGGCGUUCCGGGGGUCGGUGGUGGCGCUGAGGUGCGCCAACAACGUGCUUGGUGGGGCUUCCUUCGUACUCCUUGCGAGGCUUACAGGGUCACAGAAGGUGGAGCAAGAGAAGGAGAAAAAGGGGGAGGUGGCGGUGAUGGUGAGUGAUGAUGACGGUAUUGGCGAGGUCCAGAAGGGUAAAGAAGACUAAAGUAAGUUGGUGGUUCCUCAGCUUUUUGGGUUUUCCAUGGAGAUGUUACAGACGAGAAAGAAAGGAGCUGACCGGGGGAGGGGAAUGUGGUGAUAGAGUACAUUUACCUAGUUUCCAAUAAAUUGGUGUACUUUGUUGGAGAGUUACACGUUUUCCUUUUAAUCUAGCUUUCUGGGAUUGCAAA